AUGAUCAGCCCUGAGCACAAGGCGCAUGAGGAGCCGGGAACCACACACAAGCCCAGCUCUGCUCAGCUCAGCUCAUCCCAGCUCAGCUCAGCCCAGCUCAGCCCAGCCCAGCCCAGCCCAGCUCAGCCCAGUACAGCUCAGACCUGCUCUGCCCAGCCCAGCUCAGCUCAGCCCACUUCAGACCAGCCACGUUGCCUCUGCUCCGAGAGCCGACUUCUCCCCUCUCAGCCUCCACUGCCCUGGAGCACCCGCUUAGCUCGAAUUCCUCCCUUCCGAGUCUAA